UUGAAACUAGUAACCCACGAGUUUUACAAAAAAUUGAAUUCGUAUUUUGCUUCAUCAUUUACUUAUUACUUUAAUUCUAGUUCUUGUAAAAAUAUUUUGAAUGUGUGGUACUUUUUUAUUUGUUUUUAAUAAUAUUUUUAAUUGAUUCAGUUUUACACAGAUUCAUAAUUCACAAUGACUUCUAUAUUUGAACAAAGUUGAGCUAAUAUACAGUUUAAAAAUUAUGCGUCUUGAAUUUUAUAUAUUUGGUGCUUGCAAAUUACUGAUUACCAAUUUUUGGUAGCAUCAUAGCAUUACAGUAAAAAAAAGUUUAUCGAUAAACUUAGCCCUUUUAUCUCAAGAAUUUUUAUUUAUUUUGUUCCUAGUAACUUUUAGUACAUAAAAUUUUUUCAUUUAAAAAUUUAAAUUCUAUAUUAGUUUGACUAUAAAUCAUGAGGACACCCACAAACUACAAAACUAUUCAUCAAGUGAAAAAUGAUCUUGUUAAGGAUGCUAUUCAAUUGACUAUAGCUGUAAACAAAAUGAAACAACAUUUUAUUUGGGGCAGUAUCAAUAUAGUUGUACUAUCAAUGAUUUUCUAUGAUCUAAUAGUUUUGCCUUAUUCAUGGUAUACACCUUGGUGGCGGCUCGUUGAAUCAUUGACAUCAAUAUUAUUGAGUACAAGUCUCUUAUAUCACUUAUUUAGUCUUAUUAAGCUUUGGAUAACUACUGACACUCUAGAUUUAGCACCUGAACAGUUUCAAACUUUAGGUCUAUCAAAUUCUUAUAUUAGAGUUAAAACAUCUCAUGCUUUGACAAACAAAAUUACACCUCCAGCCACUACAAGUACUCCAAUAAAUUGUACUUUGAGCAAUUGGAAUAAUCCUCAAUUUCAAAUUUCCCCUGACAAAUUAAUUCCGGAAAAACAGAGCCGAAAUGGAAUUUCUUACAUUAGUAAUACAAAUAAUGAUACAAUUGAAGAUAUGGUUACCUUAGAACAAUACCUUAAAGAUUAUGAUAGUAAAAAUAGUUUUUCAUUAAAUGAACGUGAUUCAGAGCAACAAAGUAUGUCACUUUGGGAACGUUCUGGCUGUUCAAAUACUUCUAUUUCAUCAAUGUUACAGAAUUCUAUAUAUCAAGUGGCUUCAUCUCCGGAGCAAUCUAAAUUAGAUUUAAAUGAAAGUACAUCAACUGUAGCUAUGGCUUCAGAAGUAUGGCGAAAAUUUAAGGUUGACAACAAUAAAGUUGAAAGAUGGACAAUAAGCCUAAGAACUUGGAUAUCACAAACAAUUGUUGCACGUUUAGUAAAAGAAAUAGACAAUGUCGAUAGAGCCUUGUACAAUCAAGGUUUUGUUGAUGUAUCUAUUGGAAAUGUUGGUUUAGAAAGACUUAAGAAAACAGCCAAUACAGUUCAAGUUGUCCACACUAUUCCAAGUUUACUACACAUUAUUCCAUAUUUUGAAAUAUCAUCCAAUCAAGAAUAUGUUGCACAACGAAUCAAGGAGUUAUCUAAAGGAUCUUGUCUAACUGAGUACCGUUGGAAUUCUGGUGGAUCAUUUAAUGGGAAAGAGUGGAAUUCUGAGUUACCAUCAGAUUCUGCAUUGGUUAUGCAUUUAUUAGCAACUUAUCUUGAUUCGCAACUCUCUCCACUGACACGUCUUAAAGGCAACAAACCAUUUUCAAUUCAACAUUUUGUUAAAUAUCCAGAGAAAAUUAAAGCUAAUGAUAAACAAAUUAUAAUUUAUCAGCAAUCCAGUUGUCCUCCACAUUAUUGUUUAAAAAUAGUAAAAGAUACAUACAACUUUCCAAAAGGUCGCAAUAAUUUAUUUUAUACAAUACUAUUAUUUCUACAUUAUAUUAAAACUACUGAAAAUGGAAUGUUAGAGAGUGUUAACCUAGGAAAAUCUGGUGUCAAUAUGCUCUGGAUUGUAGAAUAAGUUUUAGUUUUUUUUUCUUUUAAAUUGUGACUGAAUAAUAAAAAUUGUAUUGCAUCAAA